CGCUGUUAAAUUAGUUUGCUACGAAACGGCAAGCGGUAAAGUGUCGCUCAGCCAAAAUUAUUUUUUUUUGCAAAAUGGUGGUCGUAAAAAACCAACAGAAGAUCUCAGUGCCUGAGUAUCUGAACGAACAUUUUUUCACGGAGGCCCUAGAAGACGGUCUGAGGGAGUCGAAAGUGACUCUGAAAGAAAUCAACUUUGAGUGGGGCAGCAACCCGGGAGACAAUUACUGCUCGGCUAUCUAUCGGGUCGGACUCACGUUUUCAAAGUGGACCAAUGGGAAGAAAUCCGCAUCAACAGAGCUACUUUCGCUGAUUGUAAAGACCAUUCCGAUCACUGAAGCUACCCAGUUCCUGGAGGACGUAAAUGUGUUUAUCAAAGAGAGACAGACCUACACCGAUGUCUUGCCUCGUUUGGACAUCCUUACUCGUGGAGACACAUUUGGAGCGAAAUACUAUCACUCAGUGAAGACUCCUGUCCAGACAAUAGUGUUUAGCGACCUUAAAGUGGAGGGGUACAAGGUGGCUUCUCGGGAAGCAGGGCUCGACUGGAACCACGCCUCCCUUAUUCUUCAGCAGCUGGGGAAGUUCCAUGCAACUUCAAUGGUGCUGGCCAAAAAGGAUCCGGCCAUAGUAAAGCAGUACACCCGAGGGAUGCUCAGCGAAGACAUUUUGAUGAAGAGCGACACCUUUGAGCAAAUGUUUGGCGGCUUUCUCAAGGGCCUCAUUAAAAGUUCAGCUGUUUGGCCCGGUUUUGAGAAUAUAAGCAAGAAUCUUCAGCGUCUUAUGGACAACUUUCGAUCCGUCUGCGUGGCUGCAGCCAAGCCGAAGAAGGGGGAUCGUUUCGUGGUGCUUAACCACGGAGACAUGUGGACCAACAAUUUUAUGUACGCUUAUGAAAAUGCAUCUCAGCCUGCGGUUCCCACCCGUGCCAUUUUUGUGGACUUUCAACUGAGCUUUUAUGGAAGUCCGGCAUGCGACCUAAACUUCUUUCUAAACACCAGCAUUAAGUUGGAGUUGCUGCGAGAGCGCCGUGAAGAGCUAAUUAAGGUAUAUUACGCAGCAUUUAAGGACGCUCUAGAGUACGCCCGUUUCGACGACAUUCCCACCUAUGAAGACCUUCAAUACGAACUACGAAGCCGCGAGACCUACGGGCUUUUUGGCUUAUUCGCCUUUCUACCUAUGAUAACAAUGCCCAAGGAAUUGGCUCAGGAUAACAGCAUAGAGAAUAUGCAGGAUGAGACUUUCAAACAGCGCAAGAUGGACGCCAUUUUUUCGCAGAAGUUUUUAAAUGACUACCAGAAGUGGGCCCUGCUGCGAGCAGAUUCCCUUGGCGUCUUCGGCGACUAUUAAAAAGAACCUAAGCACUGCGGGUUGGGGUCUUGUAACCUUUGUGAUAUAAAUGGAGUUAUCUCCAGAACAGGCAGCCUUAAAGGAGCAAUUUUAGCUCGUGGACCAACAAUGUAUACCGACCUUAUGAUUGUUUAUUGUUUUAAGUGCUUUUGUCAUUACACAUUUGUGGUUUAAAAUUCCUUAAA